AGGUAACCAUAACAAACAUGGCGACGUACAGACAGGUCGGCAGGUUGUUGUGUAUUUCAGCAAGGCUUACGCGUCCUCUUGCUGGCUGUGGAUAUCAGAGUGCAGGAUUACACUGGCCUUCACACGUCACUGGAGUCUCAAACAUAUGGCCACAAAACCCCCAUUGGGUUGUUCCAGGAAGGACCAUGUUUGUGCAGACGCAGGAUACACCAAAUCCAAACAGCCUAAAGUUUCUGCCUGGUCGCACAGUUCUUGAAUCAGGAACUAUGAAUUUUGACGGCCCUCGUGAUGCGUACUGCUCACCCUUAGCCAGACAGCUGUUUAGGAUUGAUGGAGUCAAGAGUGUCUUCUUUGGCAAUGACUUUAUUACCAUAACAAAGUCUGAUGUAAAUAUGGAAUGGAAAGUAAUCAAACCCGAUGUAUUUGCUGCCAUUAUGGACUUUUUCACCUCUGGACUUCCUGUUGUCAAUGAGGACACAAAACCUAGUGCAGAUACAGCUCCAUCAGAUGAUGAUGAUGAAGUUGUUGCUAUGAUCAAAGAACUGCUGGAUACUCGAAUAAGGCCAACAGUGCAGGAGGAUGGAGGUGAUGUUCUGUAUCGGGGGUUUGAGGAUGGUAUCGUUAAACUGAAGCUGCAGGGCUCCUGCACCAGUUGUCCCAGUUCCAUUGUUACUUUGAAGAAUGGAAUCCAAAACAUGCUGCAGUUUUACGUCCCCGAAGUUGAAUCAGUGGAACAGGUGAAGGAUGAGGAAGAGGAGAGAGAUGCUCAAAUUUGAACCAAACUGAAAUCAGAACUACAUUUACACAUUCCUCUCUCCUCGGGCCACCUUCUUUAAUUCAGGCCAUAGCUGCAAUAAAAUGAGCUGUUGUAUAGCUUGGCUGUGAGAAAGACCUCAUCUUCGUUAUCAUCGUCAUGAUUCACUCAGAAGUUAUUUCUGAUUUUUGUGGCUGUUUUAUGUACAAUGACAGUAUUAAACAAAAUACAGGGCAGAAGAGCCCAGCCAUAGAAACUGAUGACUGUAGAGCUGAAAUAAAUUCUAUUUAUUAUUUCACACUGUUUCAAAUUUUUUCAGUCACUUGUCAAAACAGCUUUUAGGUUCAAAAAACAUGCACCACUGUUUUACAGUACUCACUGAAAUAUUUUAAAAUGUGUGUACCUGAAUGUAUUUCUUUCCAUUUUUGUAUGUAGAGUGAAUUAUUUAUUAAUAUCGCAGGAUCAUGCUUUUUUACAAGCAAACAUACAAGAUUGCAAUUGCAAGAAACCACUGUCAGAAUCACACUGUUACCAACUAUAUGAUAUCAGCUAUUGUUGUAAUAAAGUAGUUUUUCAUCAUUUUCCUUGUAGAAAUAUUGCUGUUAUUUGUGGACUGUUAUAACAAAUUAAAAACAGCAGUUAGUCUGGGAUAGCAAAUUUACUGACAACUCUUAAGUGGGGAUGUAACUGCAUAUAUUUUGUGGGACUAUCUUAAAGUUUUUUAAGUACAUUUAAUGUGGAAGCACAGAGAUUACAAUAAUUUAUACAAUAAUGAAGGAGAUAAAAAUUAAAAAAUAAUAAAAGCUG